GAAGCUUUGUAGCCUUGAUAUUCUAAAGAUAAGUUCCAUUAACACGAGAGCUCAGUCAGUGUGUUCCCAUCGUGCUGAAUGGAUUCUCACGCUUUACUCACCGUAGGGAUACUAUCAGCAAUCGGAUUUUGCUCGUGCAAAAAUGAGUUACUACUGAAUGGACCUCUGGAUGGAGCAGUAGGAGGGAGUGUGGAGUUCACCCUCAUUAACCCACCAUCUCCACCACCUAAUUUAAUCACCUGGAGGUUUACUGGAUAUACAGAGAAUAUAAUCGUUAAUUCCUUCAGUGGUGGAAAUGAAACACAUGUUGAUUAUGUUGGCAGAAUCUCUGUGAACAAAACCACAGCUUCACUGAAGCUCAGGGGCCUGACUCACAAUGACACUGGGCGGUACAGUGUGAGCUUCCUCAUCAGUGGUGUAGGAUACCAGGGAGGCACAUCACUGACAGUGUUUGACAAAAUCUCCAAUGUGAAAGCAGAGGCCAAUCAGCAUGAGUUGGUGGAGUUCAACAGCUCUGUCAUCCUCACAUGCUCCGCCUCUGGCUCCUACCCCUCAUUUCGUUGGUUUAACAGGAGUGCUGAUGUCACAGGAAGUGACAACAGAACCCUCACUGUUGUGAAUGUGACUAGAUAUGAUACUGGGCCAUUCCAGUGUGAAGCAUCCAAUGCUAUCAAUGUCGAAAUGAGCUCCGAGGUCAAUCUGACCAUUGCUUAUGGCCCAGAUAGUGCAGUAGUAACAGUGAAACCUCCAGACUCAUUCUACAGCUCAGGCUCUGACAUCACCCUGUCCUGCUCUUCUGAGUCCAAGCCUGCUGCCCAGUUCCAGUGGGCUCUGAAUGGAACCCUGCUGGGUAGAGAGGGACCAGAACUCAGACUGGAGAACGUUCAGGCCAGUCAGAGCGGUGCCUACAGCUGCCGGGCCUAUAAUAGUAAAACCCACAGGUCUGAAACAUCAUCACCAUCAACAAUCACUGUGCUUGAGAGAAUCUCUGGUGCUGCCAUUACAAGUACUGGUGGCGUCUGGAUAGAAUGUAAGAGUUCUGUCAUCUUAACCUGCGAUGCACAGGGCUCCAUCAUCACCAGAGAGUGGAGAAAGGAUGGUAAUCCUCUGCAUGGAGUUAACAUCGAUGAGCUCAACAGAACAGUUUCCAUCAGCCCACUAAAGAAAGAAGACAAAGGAUACUACACAUGUCAAGUCAGCAACCCUGUCAGCUCUGAGACCGCCUCUAAAGGACUGAUUGUGAACUGUCCAUUGCCGCCUUGGGUUAUAGUCAUAAUAGUAAUAGGAGUGUUAAUAGGAGUUACAGCUGUGAUUGGAAUUUCCAUCUUUCUAUUGAAGAAAAAAGGGAAACUGGGCCUUCCAAUGGGUCGACAAGCACCUCCACAAAAUAAUGCUUCAACAGAACUUGACUAUGCAGAUAUCAGCCACUUUCAGAAAAGAAAUGGGCAGAAGGAGGAUCUGGGAAAUGGAGGAGACGGAGGAGAUGGAGGAGUAGCCGCGGCAACGAUAUAUGCAGCAGUCAAACUCCCAAGGUCUACUGGUCCCAACCCAGGCCAGGCUCCUGGACCACCCAACCAGGUACCAGAUGUGACGUAUGCUCAGGUGAAAAAGAAAUGAUCACCCUCUCUUACUCCCUUAGUGGGGUUUUCAAGCAGGCACCUUCCUUCAUCAGUGUUUUGUAUAUUAGGCCCAAGACACCUCCAGAAGGCUAAACAGUGGUGUCUGGCAUCCCAAAUCCACCCCCUCCAUACUCAUGAUGGGGUAGAAAACAGCUUUCCAUCUAGUGUUGUUUGAGUAUCAUUGGAAGAUUUGAAUUCUACAUUUGGUUGUCAUUCAUAAAUACUCCACCAGUAACUGCCCCGGCAAUUUGGUGCUUCUGUAGUUUAAAGCACACAGUAAGAUGUUUGCCAGCAAGUCAUUUAUCUGAAUCGUGUCAUUUGGCAGAUUAACUCAGGUGUCACUUUGAAAAUGGAAGCACGCAAGAACAGCUGGCCUGCUUCAAAUUGUUCUGUAGCUCUGAAUAUGAAGCCAAUCAAUUUCUGUUUAAUUGAAUAUUGACUGACUUGACCAUUCAGAUUGCUUUGCCUUAAUGUUGUAGUCUGAAUGUAUGCACUUUAUGUUUUAAAGUGAGAGUUAAUUUGUAUGAGGUAAAUUAAUUGUCAGGUAACGUUUGCUACAACAAAGUUUGCUACAAUGUAUUAGUGUGAUUGAGUAAGCAGUAAUUUGCGCUGCCAUUCAUUCCCAUUCAAAUGAAUGGUAGAACAUUCGCCUACUGUGACGUAUUAGGCUACAGUACGUAGACCAAUGGUAGCUGCCAUAGCUUGCACACAAAGAUUAUAGAGCGCAGCAGUGGGGUAAUAUAACAUGGCCGAUAGCAACAUAGCGCAUUAGCGUUAAUGUUUACAGCUUAGAUUACACAUUUUAACAUUUUAACCCUUUAUGGACACCUAUCUGCAAUAUGUUUUAAAUAAAUGAAGAAACCACCAAUAAUGUGGAUUAUUUACAGCCUACAGCUAUGUUCCAGCUGAGUUUUUGCUUGUAUAACGUUCAAUUCAGAGUUACUAGGUAAUGUCUGCAAUAACAAACCAUCAACUAGCUAGCAUAGAUAGUACUCAGUGCCAGCAAAUAGCUAAUGUUAGCUAAUUUAAUAACAAAUGGCGAUAGGGCACUAAUGUCAGUUUGUGUCCACGUAUCUGCUGAGGGGUUAGGGCUGGGCACUUGCUGGGCAAGGGUUAGUGAUCCUCUGCUGCCCUUGAGCAAUCACAGUUUUGAGUGCCGAAAUGCAUCUGUAGUUGUGUAAAUUGUGUUAUUUUUAUAUGGGAAGAUUGAUUUAGAAGAAGAUUUAGAUAUGCAUGUGUUGGACCAAUCGCAAACCUUUUGUGAAUUUUGUCACUUAACUCCAGUUUAUUAUUUUUAUUUUGUAAUAUGCAUAUAAGAAUGCCUCAGGGAUGCACUGUUUUUAAAGAUAUACUGCGAUAUAAUAUAAAGGUUUUGUUUUCCUCGUUUAUCAGUGUCCUGUACUGUGCAAAUGCUCUUGUUGCUGUUAUGAUGCUACCUUUCAACAAUAAAAACAAACUAAAUUCAAA